UCUUUCUGGGUCUCUGGUUUUUUACCCUCUAUCUACCUACCUGUCUGUCUGUCUGUCUGUCUAUCUAUCUAUCUAUCUAUCUAUCUAUCUAUCUAUCUUCCCUCUGCCCCUCCCAGUAUCAUCUUUGGAGCCCCCACCCAGAUUCUCCCCAUCCACUGCAUGCUCUUUGACUAGGCUGGCCACCUCUCCCAUCCUCCUUGCCCAGGGUCAACCCUAUCCCCAUUCUUCCCAGGUUAUAGCAUCUUCACUGGGAGGGGCUCCCAUUAAUAACUGUGUCUGCUCAUCUGGCCAGAGAUGGGAGGGAAGGGAGCACAGAAUCUUGGAAUGAGAACUAGGCAAUAAAAAAAAAGCCAGGAGGGCGGUGGGGGGCAGGGCCGGCUGCCCAGACCAGGGAUAAAAGGCUUUGCUGGCGUGUCCAGGAAGAGACACCACCCUGCUCCUUUCACACUUGCAAGAAGCCAGAGUGACGGGUCGGCAUCUUUCCUUCACAACCGGAGGAGCCUGCGACCCCAUCUUUGACAGCUCUGGCCUCUACCACUUCAUUCUGUCCCCAUGUCACCGAGGGUCUGGGCCUCAGUGUGAGUGGGAUUCUCUGUCCCGAGUCUGUUUCCGGUUCUUUCUCUUCCACUUGAUCUCUGCAUUUGCUAGACCUGGACCUCCAGCUCUAGAAUGUUCCUCCUACUGACCGUACUCCAAGCCUUGGCACUAGCCCUUGUCCAGGGUCAAGGAGAUGAUAAAAUUCUUGGUGGCUACACGUGUAUUCCGAACUCCCAGCCGUGGCAAGUGGCCCUGCAGGCGGGUCCUGGACGUCGCCUUGUGUGUGGAGGGGUGCUGCUCUCAGACCAGUGGGUUAUCACUGCUGCUCACUGUGCCCGCCCGAUUCUUCACGUAGCCGUGGGCAAGCACAACCUAAGAAGGUGGGAAGCUACUCAGCAGGUGGUACGUGUGGUCCGCCAGAUACCUCAUCCCCAGUACCAACCCCGGGCCCAUAACAACGACCUGAUGCUGCUGCAGCUGCAGAAGAAGGUGCGGCUGGGCCGAGCAGUGAGGGCCAUUCCUGUGGCCAGGAACUGUGCCAGCCCAGGGACUCCCUGCCGCGUGUCAGGCUGGGGGACCACAUCCAGCCCCGUUGUCAGGUACCCCAACGCUCUGCAGUGUGUGAAUGUCGACAUCAUGUCAGAGGAGGUGUGCCGUCGGGCCUACUCUGGAAUCAUCACCUCUGGCAUGGUCUGCGCUGGGGUGCCCCAAGGCGGAAAGGACUCCUGUCAGGGCGAUUCUGGGGGACCCCUGGUGUGUGGAGGACAGCUCCAGGGCCUUGUGUCCUGGGGAAUGGAGCGUUGUGCCAUGCCUGGCUUCCCAGGAGUCUACACAAACCUGUGCAAUUACCAAAACUGGAUCCAGAAGACGAUGCAGGGCAACUGAUAAUCCAUCUCAUCCUAUCGUUACCAGUUGUCCCUCUGCUUUCGCUGCCUCCUCCCCCAGACUCUGGAAUCCCUCAUAGCUUCUUGUCACAGAUUGAGACUCACUGGAUCUAGAAGCUGGCGUUCAGAUGCUAUGGACCAGUACCCACAUCCAAAGAAGGCUGCUUCCAAAACUCUUACCCAAAUAAAUAAAAACAAAAAUGCAAUCAUU